AUGUCGCCCUCACCCAAUUCAACCAAUACCCUCCGCCUCCACGUCGCCAUAAUAGGUGGCGGCAUAACCGGUCUAACCCUAGCCCUCGGCCUACAAACCCGCAACGUAUCCUUCACCAUCUACGAGCGUGCCUCGAGCUUCAAGGAAAUUGGCGCCGGCAUAGGCUUCAGUCCCAACGCGGAACGGGCUCUCAAAGUAAUAGAUCCGCGGGUACACGAUGCUUAUAAGCGGGUCGCUACCCCCAACGGCGAGGAUUUCUUCCAGUGGGUUGAUGGCCGGCACACGGAUGAGAUUAUCUAUAAGCUGUACCUGGGCCAACAGGGAUUUCAGGGGUGUCGGCGGUCGGAUUUUGUGGAUGAGUUGGCUACGAUGAUUCCUGGGGAGAACGUGAGAUUUGAUAAGCAGAUUGAGGGGAUUGUAGAGGAGGAGAAUGGGGGGAGGGUGAGGAUGAGGUUCAAGGAUGGGAGUGUAGAGGAGGCUGAUGUGGUCAUCGGCUGCGACGGCAUCCGGUCCCGCACCCGACACGUCCUCUUCGGCCCCUCCCACGCUCCCUCCUACACCCACAAAUUCUGCUUCCGGGCCCUAAUCCCCCUCCCCUCCGCCCUCCCCAAGCUAGGUGUCCACCGGACCUCAACGCGCUUCAUGUACAACGGCCCCGAAGCACACAUUAUCACAUACCCUGUUGCCAUGGGCGAAAUCCUCAACGUCCUACUCGUCAUUUCGGAUUCAAACCCGUGGACCACCGAGGACGGGCGACACACCUCCUCAGGCAGCAAGCAGGAAGCUCUCGCGGCGUUUGCGAAUUGGCAUCCCACUGCACGCACUAUUGUGGACCUCCUGCCCGAGCAACUGGAUAAGUGGGCAAUUUUCGACAUGCAUGACCGUCCGGCACCGUACUAUGCGCGUGGGAGCGUGGGUAUUGCCGGCGAUGCGGCGCAUGCCGCGGGGCCGCAUUUAGGGGCCGGCGCGGGUUUCGGCAUGGAGGAUGCGCUUGUGCUUGCGGCACUGCUGGAAGCUGCGGAUAAAAGAUGCGAGGGUGGUAAAUCGAAAGGCGAGCUGUGUUGUGGGGCCCUAGAGACGUACAACGAGGUGCGGUACGAGCGCACGCAGUGGUUGGUGGGACUCACAAGGGAAGCCUGUGAUUUGUUUCAGUGGCAGAAUGAGUCAGCUGGGAGUGAUUCUCGGAAGUUUGCUGAGGAGAUCACUUGGCGAUUUCAGAAGAUUUGGGAGUAUGACAUUGAUGGGAUGGUGAGAGGGGCGCUUGAGGGAUUUGGAACUAAAUCCGGAUGGCCUGAAAAGGGGCAAGAAAUAUGA